CCACUCGAGUCGAUCGUCCUGCCAGAGUCAUCGGCAGCCACGUCGAAGGUGCACUUUUUCGGCCGAAUUCGGGCGGUUGCUGACUGAGAUUUCGGCACACGCAGUAGCGUCGGCAUGGGAGGAUCGCAAAGCGUUGAAAUUCCGGGCGGAGGCACCGAGGGUUACCACGUUCUCAGGGUGCAGGAAAAUUCGCCGGGACACAAAGCAGGCCUCGAGGCGUUUUUCGACUUCAUUCUUGCAAUAGGGAGCACAAGAUUGGAUCAAGACAAUGACACUUUGAAGGAGCUCUUACGAAAAUCUGUGGACACAGAGGCGGACAUGCUAGUUUACUCAAGCAAAACGCAGUCUGUGCGGACAGUGAAGGUGCGGCCGAGCAGUCAAUGGGGCGGGCAAGGCCUCCUGGGCGUCAGCAUCCGGUUUUGCUCCUUUCAAGGCGCUAGCGAAAAUGUUUGGCACAUUCUUGACGUGGAGCCAAACUCUCCCGCUGAUAAGGCUGGUCUGCGAUCAAUGUCCGACUACAUCAUCGGGGCAGAUUCCGUGCUUCAUGAGUCGGAGGACUUGUAUUCUCUUCUGGAAGCUCAUGAAGGACGGGCGCUGUCACUUUAUGUUUACAAUAGCGAUGAUGACGCCUGUAGGCAACUCGCACUGACGCCUAAUUCCAAUUGGGGUGGUCAAGGAAGUCUUGGUUGUGGAAUUGCGUUUGGAUACCUGCACAGGAUUCCCAUCAGGAGAAGACAACCUGCCCAAGUGCCCAGCUCGCCACAAAUUCCCGAUCCGCUUCCCCCGACCCCAACAAUACCUGCACCGGCUGAAGUGCAAGUAGCACAACCAAUUGUAGAAGCACCUCAACCACCCCUUAUUGAAACCGCAAAGGAGGUCGUCGAACCACCGGCUGCACCUAUAAUUUCUCAACAAGCAGAACCAGCUCUGUCAAAUGCGGCACAGUUGGCUGCAGCAUUUGGUCCACUGCCGACUGAGCCACCCCCAGUGAGUUAUGCGCCUGCUGUAGCUGCCGCCCCCAUGCCUGAGCCUGUAGCACAAAUACCAUCGUCUGUGCCUAUGUACAACAUGGCCUUCCAGGGUGCUGGAUUUGGAGCGCCAGGAGGAAUGCCACCCCCACCAGCAGCCAUUUUCAACCCCUAUCAGGCACCUGUUGAAACCAACGUUCCUUUGCCGCAGCCGCCUCCAGCCACUGCGCCUGUACAGCCACCCCCAGUCAACAAUUUUAGCCUCCCGGCUGGCAUGCCUCUAGUAACAACCCCAAUCAAUCUGCCUGGCUACCCCCCUAUCACAGUUUCGGCGUCCGUGCCUCUAGACUCGUUCUCAACAGAUGCGCCCAGCAGUGCGGCCCCAGGUGCCACCACCGGCCUCGGCCGCUACUUCAACACACAGCACACGUGAAAACUGCUGGGAAGUAGAAUUAUGUAAAUAUAUAAAUUGUAAGUUUAUCGGAGGUGCGACUCUUCUACCAUCGGCCAGGCGAC